GCCGCCCUGGGAAUAGUGGCCAUCACCGCUUGAGACAACUUUUAGGUUAAACCAUUUGAAAAAGGUUUAACCCCUUGAGACAGAAGCAGAGGAAUGGAAUUACCCGGCUUAUAUGAAUGUUUGCCAUUCCUUUAACACAUUGUUUGAAAGGCUACUACCAGCUAUUCACUUUUCUUCUUACAACCAAUGUCAUGACAACAACAACCACAUGACUUCAAACACACUGCUGUCUCCAACGCCUAGAUCCACAGGCUCUGAAUCCUCUCCCUCGGUGACUCACAGAGAAGCUUGCUUCUACAGAGCAAUCUAUAGGCAACAUGCACCGGGCCUAUCAGCCAAUCUUACCAUGUGGAAAUAAAUAUUUGCAGCAGAAAUGGGACCAAGCAUACUAUGACGAACACAAGAGAAAGGUGCGGUCAGCCAAGCCAAUGGUAGAUACCAACAGCCCAAAGACAUUUGCUCACCUCAACACAAAAAUGAAAAAGCUUCAGUUAGAAGAAGAGCGACACUCAAUUAUUGAGCGGGACAACCGUUUACUUCUUCAUAGGAUGUCAACUAUUAUGAGAACAAAAGGAAGUGUCGACAACAAAAAUGAUUAUGAAGCCAAAAGUUUGAACAGGGAGAAACGAGAACGAGAAUUGCUAACAAUAUCCAGAGAGAAUGAAAGCAUUCUGGAUAGGAUUACAAAUUGUGAACCUCAGUAUCACAUCAAGGAGUGGCAUGAUGACUGGUUAAAAGCAGAACAAUAUAUGGACAGCAUUGCCAGAUACCCAAGAGGAUGGUACAUUGCUCACGUGCAGAAGCAUGCUUCCAAAGGAAAGAAUCCUUCCACACAAGAUCCUAAGAUAAUCAACACAGUUGAAGAUAAAGAGUUUCAGGGAGAUAACGAUGACGAGUUACGAUCACAAUCGGUAGAAGAAAAGGGCAAAAAGCAAAGAGAAAAAAACGGAAAAGAGAAGAUUGUUAGGAAAAAACAAGGAAAGGCCAAGAUUACAAAAGCAGCCCAAGCAAAAGAACACGAGCAAGAGUCAGAAGAUGGAGAUGUGGCUGCUGGCACAGCUGAUAAGGCAGAAAAUGAAAAUGUGAUUGAUAAUGCAGUAGAUAAUGAAAAUCCAACAGAUGAAGGGGCACAGGAUGAAAAUCUAGCAGAUGAUAGGGCAGAGAAUAAAUAUCUGAAAGAUGAACAUGAGGAAUAUACAGAUGAUGACAAAUCUGAGCAGGAAACAAGGUCAGAGAUAGAAGAAGAUGACAAGGAGGAAUCACAUGAAGAUAUAGAGUAGUUUCUAGUGCCACAUUGGCAUAAAAUACAAGCUGGUCUCACUCAUGCCAACAUUAAUCUCAUAGAAAAUUACAAUGCUGCAGUUACACGAUUGUGUCUUUAAUAGAUUUUCAGCAUUUUUAGUUAUGACAAAUAGAAAUGCAUGUUAUAAUGUUUAGCUCAUUUGAAAUAAAUUCUCAAAAAAUAUAAACAUUUACUCUGUAGUACACAUGGACACGGAGAAUAACAGUAUCAAAAUUAGGUAACAUCACUGCACUCCUAGGUACAUUUAUAAUAUUACUUUAUUUUUCUUUAAAAGAAUAAUUAAAGAUAUUGUGCCAUCUGAGAGCACUGAAAAACCUAAAAACAAAACCACAUAAUGGAAAAACUAAAACAAACUAAACAAAUCAGUGAAAAAUCACUGUGAGUGCAUAGACAAAUGUAACGAUUCUCGUAACAAUCUAUAUGUAUCCUGUUCAUUUAGGAACAUAAUUAUAGAAUACAGAUAGAUACAACACAUAACCAUAGCAGGUUUUCAUAUUCUCCUAGGAUCUACACAUUUGCCAAAAAAGAAGGUCCUGAUUCACCUGAGAUUUGGGUGGAGUUCAUUGACAAGUUAGUGCGGCAUGGUUAUAAAAUAUUAGAUUUUAACUGAACAUCUAAUUAGCUGAAUGCUUUAAAUCAAACCUGAAACCUCAACUUGAGAAAUAUGUUAGGUAUAUAUAUAGUUCAAGGUUGUAAAUCAUUAACAUUUGUACAACUGCAGGUUGACUAACCCAUAAUCAGUCAUAUUUUUGUAUUCUUCAAUGACAUGUUUUUAUUAUUAGACUAUGCAACAGGUAUACAGGGAUUUAUCCCUUCUCUGAUCAAGAACACCCAAGGAAGUUGUAAUUAGAAUCAGUACUGCCCAAAGAGUAGUACUAGAAAUCACAGUAAGGCUACCCCAUAGUAGAGCUGCUUUCUUUUAGGUACCUACAACUAUCAGUCAGACACUUUAUAGAGUGGAAAAAUAAUCCUGUU